UGAGUCCAACGGUCCCAGGAAGCAGCACUGCUUAUUUUAUAUUUUAUAGCGACAAAGACGGCUUUGCGUUUAAUUUCGAGGUCAGGGGUUACAAAUGAAGACAUUAAAAUAUUUUCAAAUUAUUUCAGGUUAGCUUGUUGUGAACGUCAGAGGACUUUUGUUAUGAUUUGGCGUUGAUAUCGGCGAUGUUUACUGUGCAGGCGGAUAGGUUUCUCUAAAGGGCAGCCAGUAACUGGAGCGUGUAGCCUUCAGCUGCCUAAAUAUUAGGCAGAAAAAUACGAAAUAACACAUUUUAUUUCUUCACCUGGGUUGUGGCUGGCGGCAAGCCAAUAAUUGACUCUGGAGCAGGACACGGAGGAUAGUAUGGCCAUGACGGGAGGGACUGCAGCGGCCCUUCCCAUGAGCAACCACACCCGAGAGAGGGUGACCGUGGCCAAGCUGACGCUGGAAAACUUCUACAGCACUCUGCUCACCCAGCACGAGGAGCGCGAGAUGAGGCAGAAAAAGUUGGAGAAGGCGAUGGAAGAAGAGGGUUUACCAGACGAGGAGAAAGUAAUGCGGCGCUCCCAGCAUGCCCGCAAGGAGACCGAGUUUUUGCGACUGAAGAGGACGCGACUGGGCUUGGAUGACUUUGAGUCCCUUAAAGUGAUUGGACGAGGUGCUUUUGGAGAGGUGCGUUUGGUGCAGAAAAAAGACACGGGGCACAUUUAUGCCAUGAAGAUCUUGAGAAAAGCAGACAUGCUGGAAAAGGAACAGGUUGCUCAUAUCCGCGCAGAGAGGGAUAUUCUGGUGGAGGCAGACGGCGCCUGGGUGGUCAAGAUGUUCUACAGCUUCCAGGACAAGAGGAACCUGUACCUGAUCAUGGAGUUCCUGCCUGGAGGCGACAUGAUGACCCUGCUGAUGAAGAAGGACACUCUGUCUGAAGAGGCCACCCAGUUCUAUAUCGCAGAGACGGUUUUGGCCAUCGACUCCAUCCACCAGCUGGGCUUCAUCCACAGAGACAUCAAACCAGACAACCUGCUGCUGGACUCCAGGGGACAUGUGAAACUGUCAGAUUUUGGCCUGUGUACGGGACUGAAGAAGGCUCAUCGCACAGAAUUUUACAGGAACCUGACGCACAACCCACCCAGUGAUUUCUCUUUUCAAAAUAUGAAUUCCAAGAGAAAAGCAGAAACCUGGAAGAAAAACCGCAGACAGCUGGCUUACUCCACUGUGGGAACGCCUGAUUACAUCGCUCCUGAAGUCUUCAUGCAGACGGGAUACAACAAGCUGUGUGACUGGUGGUCUCUGGGUGUCAUCAUGUAUGAAAUGCUCAUCGGUUAUCCACCUUUCUGCUCGGAGACGCCGCAGGAGACGUACAGGAAGGUGAUGAACUGGAAGGAAACCCUCGUCUUCCCACCUGAGGUCCCCAUCUCAGAGAGGGCCAAAGACUUGAUAUUAAGGUAUUGCACUGAUGCUGAGAACAGGAUUGGAGCUGUGAGUGUGGAGGAGAUCAAGAGCCAUCCGUUCUUUGAGUCGGUGGACUGGGAGCACAUCAGAGAGCGGCCAGCAGCCAUCUCCAUUGAAAUCAAGAGCAUCGACGACACCUCCAACUUUGAUGACUUCCCUGAAUCAGACAUCCUUCAGCCAGCAGCCAAUGCAACGGAGCCAGACUUCAAGUCGAAAGACUGGGUGUUCCUCAACUACACAUACAAACGCUUCGAGGGUCUCACUCAGCGAGGCACCAUCCCCACAUACAUGAAGGCAGGGAAGGCCUGACACACUCCAGCAUUGUGGAGAGAAAAAAAAAACAGACGUUUACGGACACAGGGUCGGGCCCUGGAGCCCCGCUGGUGCUGAAGGCUGAACUGUCAGCCUCUCAGUCUAAAUUUAACCCUCAUCACAAUUUAUUUAGGUCUGCUCAGCCGCCGCAAGAACGCCAAGAGCUCGGAAAUUAAGGAGCAUUACCGCAUUACCUCGGUUGUUUAUAUCGUAUACAUGUGCUGUCUUUAGCCAUAGCUCUCAGGCCAGCUCACUAACUAGGGCACUAAAUCAGCAUAUCUGCAUGUUCAGCGGCAUAUUGCUUCUGGAGAGGAGUUUUUUUUUUUUUUAACUGCCUAAAGGUGACGGUGGGAGUGAGGGUUGAAUACAAAUCACUGCUGCAACAUCUUUGCAUCGAUAAGUUUCAACACUGGUGGCUAAAUUAGCUCUGAUGCAAAGAAGUCUUGAUACUGAAGAUGUGCUCUAUACACUGUAGUCAAACUCUGGAUUAAUUAUUGGUAAGAUCACAGGAACCCCUCACUUGUUCUCACCCAUGCUCUGUUUGUGGAUUUAAAGGAAAGUUCCAGCACGAUUUUCCAGUAUUUUCUUUUUUGCUUCUGCUUCAGUUCACAGAAGCUUUAAGUGUGGGAAAAAUUCUUAAAUCUUACAUUUCAGUCCCUUCUUAGCUGGCAGAAGCAUUUUGUUUUGCUUUAUCUGUCGGCUAGACUGGGUUGUGAUUGAUAAGAGGUGGAGUCCAAUGCAACCUCAGCAUAAUCUUUUCUUUAGGAAACAGCCUCUGGAGAUACUGGUAGUGUGACUGCUUCCUUUGUUAGGAAAACUGUAGUAGAUCCCAGUGAAAGCACAGCUGGCAUCAAAACUCAUCUAAGACAUUGGUAAGAAUGUUUAGAGCGUGUAGGGUGAUAGAAUUGUCGGUGUAGGCAUUUGGGUUAAAGAAAAAGCUUGUAGACACAUUGUGAUGUCCACCACAUCAGUCCAAACUGAAAUAUCUUAGCUAUUGGUUGGAUUGCCAUGAAAUUAGAUUCCAACAUUCAUGCCCCCCUCAGGAUGAAUUGUUAGAACUUCCCUGAACUUUUUACCACCGUCAUUAACAGUAUACCUCUAAAACUAAUGGCAUUCAGCCUCAGCUGUACCUUGUUAGUUUGCUGAUUACUACACAUUACUAAUUGGCAAACGUUAGCAUGCUGUUGCACUAAACUAAGGCGGUGGACAUGGUGAACAUUACAUCUGCUAAACAUUAACAAGUGACCAAUGUGAUUGUGAGCAUGUUAGUAUGCUGAUGUUAACAUUUAGCUCCAAGCACCACUGUGUUGAAGUACAGCAUCAUAGAGCCGUUAACGUGGCUACAGAGACUUUGCGAGAGAAGUGUAAUAAUACUUUGAUAUAAAAUUCAUUGUGAGGGAUGAGUUUGAAUUUAAAGUGUCUGGGUGCUUUAAAUUCUGAUUAGAAAAUAUAAAAAAGAACGAGUAAAAAUUCAAAUCAUGCUGGAAUCCUCCUUUAACCCUCAUGGUGGAGACACUCAGAGCGACUUUGUGUCAGCUCAGUGGGGCAACUCUUCCUGUGGCGUUGCCUCAGCACUAUUGCUUUUCUCACUCAGAGCAACAACCUGUUGCCAGGAAACAUCUGAAUGCAGUUUACACUGUGCUUGACAUCCGUUACUGUGGAGUGUUUCCCAUUCACAUUGCCAAACAGAGUGCAGAGUGUGUCGUUUCCCUUCAGAGCCAGUUGUUUUGUUCAGGUCAGGGCCACAGUAAUUGAUAUUUCCCCUUAUUUUAACUCUAAUCAGUCCUAUGGCCAAACUCUUCCUUUUUAGAGGGACAAAAACAUGCAAAGUGCCUUUAAACAGCUGAUAAGUAUUUAACCAGAUCACUUAGAGGUGUUAUCAGAAAUGAAUCUGAUGGAUAUAAAUUACAUUUAGGAGUAAUAAUAAAGGUUUAUGAGGGAGAAAAGGAAACACAGAAAGAGAAAGGGGGAAAAAAUUACUCUGACUGUACGAGUUGAGCUUGUGAGAAAGCAUCAGUUAUCUUUCCAAGGGCGCAUUAAGGUGUGAUGUGUCGGUUAUAUUUAUUAUGUCUGCAGAAUGAUAAAACAUGUGAAGUGAUAAAGCUGAUAAAACAGAGUGAUGAAACAAAGGCAGUUUAGAAAAGCAGGUUUUAUAGGUUAGAUAAUAAAACAAGGGGACUCAUAAAAAUCUGUUGCUUCAAGGCAAACACAAUGAACAGAGUGUCUUUGUGUGUCAAGUAAAGAUUAAACUAAAAUAGAAAUGAGAAACUAAAUAAGAAUAGAUUAUUGUGGUGAUGAUAUCAUAGACACAUGUAGGGUUUCUGUCUUUGAGGUUCCUAAAUUUCUCUGUUCAUAUUAAUAAAAAAAAAGAAAAAAGCCUCAUACACAUCAAAUGCAGGGCCUCUCUUUCUCAACGAAAGAAAUCA